GCUGGAUGGAGUCUUAGUCCUUCACACGCCCAACGGCCACCAUAUGAACCAAGAUUUUCUCGAGCACCGAACGUGAAUAUAUUGGAGGCAGCUCUGUUAUCUUCGAUCACAUAUUUAGUUGGAAUCCUUCACUACUCGCCAGAUGUUCCCGUGGAUGGCAAUAAGAAAGCUUGA